AUGACUGAAGUAAAAAGUCCGUGGAAGGUGUUUCUAGAGGUUUUAAGUACUCUGAACGCCGUAAUGACCUUUCUUGUCGUAGGAGUGGCUUGUUAUAUCUUGUUCGUGUAUCUUAUGUUUACCUCGCUGUGGCCACUCUCCACUCUGUACUUCAUAUGGAUGGUGAUGGACUGGCACACUCCUGAAAGAGGGGGCAGGAGGACAACAUUUAUGAGGAAGUGGAAAAUGUGGGAGCAUGUCAGAGACUUUUUCCCGUCAGCCAAAUUGGUGAAGACAGCCUAGUUGAAUCCGAACAAGAACUACAUCUUGGGCUACCAUCCACAUGGCAUCAUGGGCGCUGGAGCGUUCACCUGCUUCGGCACAGAUAGCUGCGACCUGGAGGCGCUUCUGGGAUCUCGGACCUGACCUCUGUCUGUACUGUCCGGCCUCUUCAGGAUACCAUUCUUUAGGGAUUAUCUCUUGUCCGAUGGUUUAUAUGAGGUCAAAUCUGAUAGAGUCCCUGGCCUCCACCCUGGAAUUAACACAGUGCUUCUGAAGCAGAGAAAGGGAUUUGUCAGGGUGGCCCUGGAGUUUGGGGCGGAUCUGGUGCCUGUUUACGCCUUUGGGGAGAAUGAACUCUUCAAGCAGGUGAUUUUCUCGAGAAGUCUAAGUCGCAGGCUACAGGACCUGUUUAAAACAUUUGGGUUUUGCCCAUGUCUAUUUGCCGAGCACUUUGUGAUCCUGCCUUACAGGAUUCCAGUCACCACUGUGGUGGGAAGCCCCAUCCCAGUCCCUAAGCGACGCACCUACCAAGGAGGAAGCUCUAAUUACUAUCACAGAAUUUACACGAGCCCUGUGCAAGUUAUUCACGAACACAAGGUCAGCUAUGGCCUCCCUGAGAGUCACAAGCUGCGGAUCAUUUAG